AUGCUGUCGAGUGUCCCAGACGGCCCAGACAACUCAGCUGUUGAAGUAGAGAACAAGAAACGACCUGGAAGCCCGCUAGAAGGAGGCCACCCCCGAAAGAUUGCCAAAAAUACCGAAGGGAAACCAGACACCAUCCCGCCUACCACCGUGAACGAUCGAAAGCGCCCUGGCAGCCCGCUAGAAGGAGGCAGAUACCAAAAGACUCGCAGAAAAUCACGAGAAACCUCAGAUACAGCGCCAGCCGACCCACCAGAGGAGCACAUGGACCCAUACAUUGCGUCGGAUCUUGCAGUCAUAUUUCAUAAUGAUCUUCUCGGCUUGCCGCCCGAUGCCCCGGAACUAGCCGCGACGCGUCUGGAGAAGCGGCUCGGCGUAAAGAGUACCGCAAUGCUGCUGCGUCUUGUGAAACAGAAGAAAAUCAAAUGCAUUCCCGGUCAUUUCUUACGAAACGAGUACGCUAUGGAAUCCAUGACGGAGGUGAUGAAGUCGUCCGAUGGGGCUGAAACCUUCCGUCUCGGUCUUGAGCUCAUGUAUGGAAUCUUUGAUGAAAGAGACACCUGGCUGGACAUUUUGUAUCAGAUUCGAAUCCUCGGAUCAAGUCAGGAUGCCAAAUAA